CAAUUUUGUCGUUUGCUUUGAAUCUAAAUUUCAUUUAUUAAAUCACAUCUCAAUUGACUGUCAAUUACUGUCACUAUUAAGUGAUAUCCGAAGACACCAUCACUCGUGUGUCAGACACCUGUCCUCAGGAGUGGUUCGUAUGAUUUGAGCCAUCGAUUCAUCCCUUAUUAGAUUUGAAUGAAUCCAUGAAUUGAAGGAAUGGUCGGCAAAGACGAAGACAAUCGAUUCAAUUGUCCGAUCGAUGGCUGUGUUUACGGCCUCUCCGGUGACAAACACUUCAAACGCAAACUCUUCUUAACGCAACACAUCGCAAACAAACACUCGGAGAAGAAGUUCUCGUGCGAGAAGUGCCACAAGAAAUACGCCAUUGAAUGGCAACUCAAAUAUCAUGAGAAGUCUUGCGGCCUUCAGUGGAGAUGCGGUUCCUGUCCGAAGAGUUAUACCGAAAGACUGUCUUUAAUAAUGCAUUGCAAAAGACAUUCACACGUAUUGUCACCAAACGAUUGCAUCAAGAAAUGCAAAACGGAUCCGAAGGCGACUCCGAUUAAUGUCCAAUUGGUUACUAUAGUCUUACCACUGAUUGUUGAUUCAAAUAACGCCAAUCAAAGACCAGUGAAUAUUUUACCAAAAAGUGACCACAUUUUAGACUCAAUGUCUGUGAGAAGCGAUUCCACGCAAACCAAUGCCAUAGAAGAGUGCAAGAAAUGCAAAAUGAAAUCUCCGGUUAAACACAUGCAAACAAAUGCCAAGAAAUAUCAGUCCAUUUCCAUACAAACCGAUCAACGAUUGAAUCAUAAAUCAUCCAAAUAUAGAGAGUCCAGAAGUACUGACUGUCAGACCAUUAGAAAGCGUAACCGAAAGCCGCAGUUAAACAACAACUUUGAAAGCAUUGAAACGCAAACCCUUGAGAGCGCUCUUCACGCCAAACAAGUCUCGAAUCGGAUCCAAAUCUCUGCGUCCACUUCGACAACACCUCCGAAGAGAGCCAAAAGAAAUCGUUUAGACGUCAACACGAGUGCUGUUAAUGAAGUGAAGUCCAAGUCUUGCGCCUUCACUCAAACCACUGACCCAUCGAUUGCUUCCACUUCUUUGGAUUUGUUUGAUUUCAAUCCACUGUUGAGUGAAAUGAAUACAACGAAUGCUAUUUUGGAGCAAUCGGUCCAAACGGAGGCCAUCGAUGUCUCGUUUGUCCACGAAUUCAAUAAUAUUGAAACACAAACUGUUAAUCAAGACCUAAAUGCCGAUGAUUUUGACAAUUUAUGUACGGAUGAAGAUCUGGAUCUCUUCAAAAUCUUUGAGUUCGCAGACAUCGAGACGCAAACCAUUUGGAAUAACGACAGAACCACUCAAACCGACGAACAUUUGGAUCAAAUAAAUGAUGUAAUUCUCAGAUAUUUAGACAAUGAGAGCGAAUGUGAUAUUUCGGGCACAACUCUAUUCACAUCCACACAAACACAAACUCAAACGGAAUUCCCAUUACUUAACUCCUCUGCCAUUCAAAUCUCACACAAUUACGAUUGAUCUAACACUUGAUCUUCUAUUCAGCGAUUCCUAUUUUAUCCAUUGUCUUUUUUUCCUAU